CCUUCGGAAGAGCCCCAUGGGGGCCGGCGGGGGCGCCUCCAGCCAGGCGGCCUGCCUUAAGCAGAUCCUGCUGCUCCAACUGGACCUUAUUGAGCAGCAGCAGCAACAGUUGCAGGCCAAGGAGAAGGAGAUCGAGGAACUCAAGGCCGAGCGGGACACACUCCUUGCUCGAAUUGAGCGUAUGGAAAGGAGGAUGCAGCUGGUGAAGAAGGACAAUGAGCGUGAGAAACACAAGAUAUUUCAAGGGUAUGAAACAGAGGAAAAGGUUGACCCUGAAAUACCAGUACCAGAGAAAUUGCCUAUAGAAUGUCCACCACAAGAGCUUCUGGAGAUGUCCCAGCCGCUGCCUUUGAAACACUUCCCAUAUGGAAGGAAUGGGAAGGGUCACAAAAGAAAGUCUCCGUUUGGAAGUGCCGAGAGGAAAACUCCAGUAAAGAAGCUGGUGGCUGAAUUUUCAAAAGUCAAGUGUAAAACACCAAAGGCUUCUCCGCUGAAAGACGAACCCAGCAGUUCUUUAACUGAAUCAGUUAGUAGGCGUGAACUGCGAAGUCAGGAGACUCCUGAGAAAGCUCAAUCAUUGGGGGAUGCUCCACUGAAAUCCUCAGCCUCUUUGAAAGGGCCUGGGUGUCAUUCAAAGGACAAGAGUUCCUACAGUGAAAUAGAAGACUUGCCCUACCUUUCCACCACUGAAAUGUACUUGUGCCGGUGGCACCAGCCACCUCCUUCACCGUUGCGAGAACCUUCUCCCAAGAAGGAGGAGACUGUAGCAAUUCCAUCAUGGAGGGACCACACGGUAGAGCCUUUGAGAGACCUGAAUUCUUCAGAACUUUUGGAGAAUUUAGAUGACAGCGUCUUCUCCAAACGGCAUGCAAAGCUGGAAUUGGAUGAGAAGAGGAGGAAAAGGUGGGAUAUUCAGCGGAUCCGAGAGCAAAGAAUUUUGCAGCGACUGCAGCUCAGAAUGUAUAAAAAGAAAGGAAUUCAGGAAUCUGAACCUGAAGUUACCUCAUUUUUCCCAGAGUCAGAUGAUGUUGAAAGCUUGCUGAUCACCCCUUACUUGCCUGUUGUAGCAUUUGGCCGACCAUUACCAAAAUUAACCCCACAGAAUUUUGAACUGCCAUGGCUGGACGAGCGAAGUCGCUGCCGGUUAGAGAUGCAGAAAAAACAGACACCUCACAGGACAUGCAGGAAAUAGGUGUGUCCAACUAGGAGAAUCCUCUGCCUCAAUGGUUGGCCUGUGUUGUAUGCAGCAAAUGGCAGAGAACUGUGUAUGUUCUGUCAUGUCACUCUCACCUGCCCCACCUCGAUGUAUGUUCUUGUUCGUUCUAAAUAUUUUUUAAUGUUUACCUGUGAUCUCCUUCCCCCCCCCCCCCAAAUGUCCUUCAUAUCUUUUCCACUAUUUCUUUUACUUGGGAGAAAGUCCUGGGGUUUGUAUAGGGGCAAAGGUUGACAACUGGUUGAACUGUAAUUGUCCAUGUCCAUUUACAGACUGUGAAAAGGUGAACAAGCAUAAAAAUAUAAUGAAACUGUUCCCUUUGGUAAGUUACCACACAUGCGAAACCCACUUCUACUUUCAUGCGGUUCUUUAAAAUAUUUAGCCUCCUAGUUAAGGCAAUAAAACGGAGAAAGAAGGUGUGAUGCAUCCAAACACAUUGGGCAAAGAGAGGUUUCCAUUUGACCUGCUGCCUGUUAGCUGGUCUCCUAUAAAGUAUCUGCAUAUAAAUCCAUGCUUUUCCUCCUGCCUUUUUUGGUUCUUCAUGUGCUGCUGUCGUGUUUUCAUUUUUAAAAUGGGCUUAUCCUGUUCAUGCCUUCUGCUUCUAAUUAAAGGAGGGUGGGUCAUUUAGUCUUGACUUUGUAAUAGUGACCACAAAGGGCUGUGUGCCUCUGACCAGUCUGUCACACCAUUAGUUUUGUCAGAACACUUGUCGUAACCCUGAA